AUGCCAAUACCAAAUAAUCCAGGAGCUGGUGAAUAUGCCUUUGAUCCCAUCUUCGUAAAGGAUGACGAUGGUUAUGACCUUGAAUCUUUUUUGAUCCCUGCUCAUUAUAAAAAAUAUCUUACCAAGGUCUUAGUUCCAAAUGGUGCUAUAAAAAACCGUAUCGAGAAAUUAGCUUAUGACAUUAAGAAAGUAUACAACAAUGAAGAAUUUCAUAUUCUUUGUUUAUUGAAAGGAUCUCGUGGAUUUUUUACUGCUCUCUUAAAGCACUUAAGCAGAAUACAUAAUUAUAGUGCCGUUGAAACCUCCAAACCAUUAUUUGGUGAGCACUAUGUACGUGUGAAAUCAUAUUGUAAUGAUAAGUCAACAGGUACUUUAGAAAUAGUAAGUGAAGAUUUAUCUUGCUUAAAAGGAAAAAAUGUAUUAAUUGUUGAAGAUAUUAUUGAUACUGGUAAAACAUUAGUACAGUUUUGUGAUUAUUUAAAAAAAUUUGAAAUCAAAACAAUUGCUGUUGCUUGUCUUUUUAUCAAAAGAACACCUUUGUGGAAUGGUUUUAAAGCUGAUUUCGUUGGAUUUUCUAUUCCAGACCACUUUGCUGUUGGUUACAGUUUAGAUUAUAAUGAAGUAUUCAGAGAUCUUGAUCAUUGUUGUUUAGUUAACGAUGAAGGUAAAAAGAAAUAUAAAGCAACCUAA